GGUGACGUGAGGAACGAAGGGGCAAGGGUGCCGUACGACUCGCAAACGAACCAAGUCGCAGAAAUGUACGCUGUCGAGCUAGCGCACAGGAAGACCCCGCCGCAUGCCCCCAUGCACAUUGUUAGCGACUCGAAAUACGUGGUUGAUGGACUGACAAAACACCUACCGCUAUGGGAAAGGCAGGGAUGGCUGGGCGUUGCAAAUGCGGAUGUCAUACGAAACCUGGUCGGACUCCUACGCACGCGUAGUGCGCCUACGACCUUUAAAUGGGUUAAAGGCCAUGCGCGGGUGCAUGGGAAUGAAGAAGCGGACCGACUGGCCGGACAAGGUGCAAACCUAGCCCGGCCGCACCUCCCCAUGUACCCCCCGGCGCCGGAGAGGUACAUAGUCCGUGGAGCGUCGAUGCUCUAUCUCACCCAGAAGGCCGCGUACCUUGGCAUUCGGCGCUGGAAUGGGCUGCCGCCGCGCCCGUCGACCGAACGUAACGUCCAUGAGAUAUGUCGCUCGAUGCUACGCGAUACUGGCGCCGAACCGACCGAAAGCGCGAUAUGGACCCUCCUGCGUAAAGACCCUGUAUCUCGAAAGGCGCGUGACUUCAUAUGGCGAGCCAUCCACAAAGGGCUCCGUGUUGGAAGCUUCUGGAGCAACAUACCUGGCUAUGAGGCCCGGGCCCGCUGCCCAGGAUGCCAGACGACUGAAUCCAUGCAGCACAUCCUGUGCGAGUGCGUCUUGCCCGGACAGGACACUGCAUGGGCGAUGGCCAGGGGACUUCUUGAGAAGAAAGGCGUGAAGCUGCCGAGGAUUACCCUGGGCAUAGCGCUCGGCGCCCACACUUACUCUGUGCGCAAUAACCUGAACGAACCGCUGCAUGGCCCCACCAGACUGGCCCGCCUCAUCCUGACUGAGACUGCGUACCUGAUCUGGGUCCUUAGAUGUGAACGUGUUGUUGGCGACCGUGCCCCCCUCCAGGAUAGACUGGAGCGUAGGUAUGUUGAGCAACGAUGGAUGCAAGUCGUAGCGAAGCGCUUCUCCCUAGACCGCGCUCUCACUAGCAAAAGAACAGCGGGUAAGCAAGCGAUUCCAGCACCAACAGUCAUAGCAACAUGGUCCGGAACACUGCAAGAUGAGCAAGCCCUGCCAAAUGACUGGAUACUCACUCCGGAGGUUUUAGUGGGUAAGCCGCUGUGCCUGUACGAUGCUGAUCCGGGGUAA